GGGGGGGGAGAUUGAGAGAGAGAGCGAGGAAGAGAAAUGGCGUUUUCGGGGACGCAGCAGAAGUGCAAGGCGUGUGACAAGACGGUGUACUUGGUGGAGCAGCUCACGGCUGACGGGGUCGUGUAUCACAAGUCCUGCUUCCGAUGCAAUCACUGCAAAGGGACGCUUAAGCUGGCAAGUUAUGCGUCCCUAGAAGGAGUGCUUUACUGCAAGCCACAUUUUGAGCAGCUUUUGAAGCUUACUGGAAGCUUUGAUAAGAGUUUCGAGCACAAACCUUCUGAAGCAGGAUUGAAAAAGCUUCCCGAGAAAGGAGAGAAGGUACCUUCGAAGGCUUCACUUAUGUUCUCUGGAACUCAAGACAAGUGCAUUGCUUGCAGUAAAACCGUGUAUCCAAUUGAUAAGACAACGGUUGAGGGUUUGCCGUAUCACAAGCAUUGUUUCAAAUGUGUUCAUGGCGGCUGUACCAUCAGCCCUUCCAACUACGCGGCUCUAGAAGGACGAUUAUACUGCAAACCUCAUUAUUCGCAGCUCUUCAAGGAGAAGGGAAACUACAGUCAGCUGACGAAGGUGCCUGCCCUGAAGGUAGCUGCCACCAAUGCAAGCGUGGAGUCCUAGAUUUCUCCUACUGGUCGAUUCCUGUCUGGCUUGAGUCUCUCCAAAUUCACGCGCAAGUUAAUCUUGAAAUGGGUUUCAGAAGGUGUUCUGUACAAAUGAUAUGAAUUUGCCAGGGUAUCUAUUUUGGAGAUGGUUUCGGGUCUCGCUUUCCAAGGAAUUGAUUCUUACUGUUUCGAAGGUUCAACUUUGUUUUUGUUUCCCUGAUUAAUAACUCUCGGAGGCUUAGGGUUCAUCAUCUGGCAAGUCUCCUAUUUAUCUAUUAAAGCUCUCCUGUGGUGUUGAAAAGAGAUGCUGAAGUUGAAGCUCAGUAGAACAUUGUUCUGUGUGCAUUGGUAAGUUUCAGGUCGUAUACAUAUCGUAAUCCAAAUGAACUUUGUCUGAGUAAUUCGUAUAGGACUGGGAAGAUUGUAGUAUGUAGCUUGGGUGUCAUAUUAUUGACCAUGUAUUUCAGAUGCAGUGUUUACCAUGAAUUCAUGGGUUCCAAUUUAUCAAAGAAUGCAGUAAUGCAAGGAUCUGCUUCGUGCAAGUGGAAUGCCAUGGUGGUGUUCAUAAA